GGGGAGAAAGCUGCGGGCCAUGUGACUUAGCUUCCUGCUCUCCUGUUUGUAGGUGGUGUCUUGCAGUCACUGCUUUCCCGACAGGUGAGCUUUGUAAUAAUCCCAUAUGUGAGCAUGUGGUCCUUUAGUAGUAAUUAUAUCUUAACCGAAAAUCUCUUAAUCAACAGAUAAUGAUAUUUGAUUUGUUAUAAUAUGUCUGUAAGGAGUUGUCUAUACUAGACAUACUGGUUGCAGGGAAAUGUAAUCUGUCCUGGAAAACUAGGAUAACAGUUCAAUUAACUUACAAGUAGUAUGCGUUCCCUUAGGUUAUUAUUUUGUUACAGACAACAAACCUUUUUACCCACGUUGUGAGUUCUCCAUGCAUAAUGUAUCCGGGAACACUGCCUUUUGUCUGAGUAUGUGCUUGGUAUAUUAUGUUAAGUAUAAUGCUUAACCAGCAGGACGGCUGAUCAUUAGAAGUACAGUCCAUAACAGUUACAGUAUCACAUAUUAGGAAUCAUUGAUAUAAUUUGUUAAUGUGUCCAAUUGCAUUCUCACAAAUCAUUGUUAAAGGAACAUUAUGACCUCUAUUAUUAUAAAUACAUAUAUUUACUUGUAAAGUUGGAGUCUUUGGAGACUUAGCAUAAUUUGUAAAGACCACUGACCGUGACAACAAUGCUGCACGUCACUCCUCCCAGCUAACACACAGACCACGCGGGAGGAAGCAGAGGGCGUCAGAGUGGGAACUCUGACUCCCAUCCACCUGAGCCACCACUGAACCCCAGGGAAAGUCACCCUUCUGUACCUAAAAGGUAGGAAACAGGAGGGUGACUUAAUUAUGUGUUUGUGUCUGUAUGUAUGCCUGUCUGUGUGUGUGUCUGUCUCUUUGUAUGUAUGGGUCUGUCUGUGUGCCUGUCUGUGUAUGUAUGGGUCUGUGUGCCUGUUUGUAUGUGUGUGUGUUUCGCACCGGGGCCCCAUGGAUUGUGUGUACGCCACUGUAUGGACUGGUUUGGGAACCCCUGCUUUAGAUGUCUAGGCAAAAACUCAUUUUUCUACACACUGCUUUACAUUUUCCUCCAUAUAAAGAAAAUUGGAAGGCUGAACUAGGGGAUACACUUAAUGAUGAAGACUUAAUUCUUCAUGAAAACAAUCAUACAUUAACAACUUAUGUGACCAAGAAGGAGAAUACCUUAAAAAGUCUGUCCAAAUAGUUUACGUAUCCUGAUAGGCUGCACUAAUUAUUACUUCUAGCCUACAUGUGUUUCAGAAAGAGGUCAGGAUAUAAUGCAUGCACAUGAAUAAUUACUGUUCUUGUGUUGUUGUUUUUUUUCUCUUCUCUAAUUAAUUUAUAUUCUACUUUAUUUGGAUGCUAUUGCUAUUGUUUGAUGUAUCCAUUUAUUCUACAAUAAACUUCAAUUAAAAUCCAAACUUUAGUUGCAAAAAAUAUAUAUAUAUUUUACUGCUUUAUAGGUUAUUGAAAGGCCGUGAAUGAGUUGGGAACAAGAGUCGAGACCAUGGAGUUUGGUAAGUAAUCAUGUUUGUCUUUUGAUUUUUCUUUGGAAAAAUGUAUUGUCUGCCUUCAUAUUCUAGAGAUAAGAUGUACCAUACUUAAAGGGUUACUUGAAGCAUAAUGAUCUCCUUCUUAAUUUGACAUGGCCAUGGUGCCUGCAGUCUGUAUGUGCUGUGUUUCACUAUAGAACACUGCGCAUAUGGAGUUAUACCCUUCAGCUGCUGGAGGUGUAACUCCACCUCUGGCAGUGCCAGGGGGCAUCAUUAGCCAACCUGGAGUAUUCAUUAGCUGAGAGCAGUCAGCUGACACUCUCUGCCAAUGAGUGGUGACUGUUUAGGGUCCUGGCACCUGCAUAUCUUGAGAAGCCAGAAGCACAUCACCAGUGCUGAAUGGAGACCAGGACCCUGGCGGGGUCAUGACGGCAGUUGAUGCUUGGAGUAACCCUUUAACCCCUUAAGGACCAAACUUCUGGAAUAAAAGGGAAUCCUGACAUGUCACACAUGUCAUGUGUCCUUAAGGGUUUAAAGGAACACUAUAUAGCGUUAUAAAUACAAAUAUGUAUUCCAACCACUAUAUUUCCCUAGUCACCAUUUAGGUAACUGGCCCUCUUUGCAGAGCUUAAAAACAGGUAUUAUUAUUAUUAUUAUUGCCAUUUAUAUAGCGCCAACAGAUUCCGUAGCGCUUUACAAUAUUAUGAGAGGGGAUUUAACUAUAAAUAGGACAAUUACAAAUAAACUUACAGGAACAAUAGGUUGAAGAGGACCCUGCUCAAUCGAGCUUACAUUCUAUAGGAGGUAGCUUACUUACCGUAUCUCUCUCAGCACUGGUCUCGUUGUGAAGCUCUGACUCUUUUUUUUUUUAAAUUUGAGUUUAUUGUUUUUUUUGACACAAAGGACAGUAGGGAGUGGGUACAGAAGGAAAAAAAGGGUAGGGUAAGGGGUUCAGGGUUACAGUACAGAGAAUCUGAUACAUCACAAUGACAUUCACAUUUCAUGUUAAUCACCGUCUAACUAGGUGCGCAGUUAUUUGGGCGUAAAGUAGUUGCUGCUCAUCCUAAGUCAAAACUGGCACUACCUAUACCCCACUGUUCACCCUCCAAGUGUAUCUCGUCGAUGAGGCCAUGUAGCUAUCAGCUUCUUGCGUGCGCUGAGGGCGAUGCUCUAGUUAUUUCUAGCCUAUUUGUUAUGCGAUCUGCUUGUAUGUCGCAUACCUUAACCUUGUAGGGCGUUUGGGGGGGGGAUCAAGGAGGCUCAAGGUUUGGCCCUCUUGCUUUUAAGGUCUUACUGUCCCUCCACUGGACGGGGCUCCCUGCCUACGCUGUUAAUGCCUCCUAUGUAUCCCUGAGAAGUGUGGAAUUCUGUGAGGUAUUGCACAAGUGACCAGGUAAUGCUCUGCCUGAACCUUCCUAAACAAAAAGUGAAACCGAAAAAAAAAAAAUAAGGUAGAAUAUAGUGUACCAAAAAACAGUUUAACAGUUUAACAUGAGGGAGACACAAUCUGAUUGCUAUCCAGCAUCUAGGUGGAGGCCGAGGGGGGGGGAUCUAAGGCGUUCCUUGCGCUAAAGUCCCUGUUUUUUUUUUUUUUUUUAUAAAUAUAAUACCGUUAGUAACAGGUGUGUGUAUGAUCCGGGUCUCAGGCCGGAUGAUGGUUUUAUGGAGGCUGAAAUUGAUAGUGGCGACACCAAGGUUCCCAGGUUUUAGAUAUUUUAUGUUUUUAUGUUUCUGGUUAGGAGUUAUCGCAGAAGAGAUAUCAUACACAUAAUUUAGUCGGAUUUUGUCCAUGAGGUUCUUUUCAGACGGGCAAAUGGUUGAUUUCCAAUUGAGCGCUAUGAGAGCCCUAGCCGCCAGUAUCACCUGUGCGGCCAGUCCCCUCUCCUGCUUCGUCCAGCUGGCGGGAAGGUCCAACCAAAGGCAGGACCCAAACUCCAGCGGGAGAAUAAUAUCUACGUUGCUAAGCAAUCUUGCGACCACCAACCACAAUGGUUGAAUAAGGUCACAUCCCCACCAUAUGUGGAGCAUCGUGCCUCUUUGGGCUCGGCACCUCCAACAUCGGUCAGAGGUGUUUGGAUAGAUUUUGCUGAGCCUGUCUGGUGUCAGAUACCAUCGGUACAUUAGCUUUCUGUGAGCUUCUAUGUGUGAGUAGCACGCAGUAUGACCAGUCAGUGCAUUAACCAGUGCUAGCCAUUUGUGGGGAAGGAGAGUUGUUCCGCUUUCUUUUUCCCAUUGGGACAUAAAAGACAGGGAUGGUGAGAGUGGGAAGUUCGAUACUGCUUUGUAGCACUUUGAGAGCAAUUUAGGCCUAAGGGGACAUUUCCAACAUGACAUAAGCAGGUCGCAUUGCUGAUUUGGUUCUCCAGCCUUGCCCUCUAAGGUCCUAUCGACAUGCUCCAAUAAUGCACUUUUAAUUUUGGAGGUAAGGGAAUAUGUAUCUAGGGGCUAGACUGUACUUCUGUUGGAGGUCAGCAAAAGGAGUGAUUCCCGUACCAGAGAGUAGCUGGGAGACACUAGUGAUGCCCGCUUUCGCCCAUGUGGAUAGUGGGAGCCAUGGUAACACUGUGGACAUGGCGGUCAGUGGAGCCAGUCUAUGGAAUCUGGAAGUCUUAGUUUGAAGUGCCUUGUACUUAUCCCAUAUGUGUAUGGUCAGUUUCGUUGUUGAGAAGAGUGUACGGGCUUUCCCCCGUUUAGCUGGUGGGGACCACAUAUACUCUAGGAGGGUUUCCUUAGGCCAUUGUUUGCGUUCCAUGUCGACCCAAAGUAGUCGUCCCUUGUCUACGUGAAGAUUUACUGCUUGGGAUAGUAUGGCCGCCAGGUGAUACAUGGCCACCUGGGGUACCCCCAUCCCUCCCAUCUGGAAUGGUCUAUACAAUGUGGAACUCGCUACUCUCGCACGUUUGUUUCCCCAUAUAAAGUUAUUAAUAAUGGACUGGGCUUUCUUGCAAAAGCUUUGUGGGAUAGGUACAGGUAGCAUACGAAAUAAGUACAGUAGUUUAGGUAGGGCCAUCAUUUUCACCGCGUUGAUUCUCCCUGCCCAUGAGAUCAUCACGUCUUUCCAUGAAUUCAGCUCUUUACGGAUUAUUUCUAAGAGAGGGACAUGGUUUAGUUUGUAUAUAGUAUGUAUCGAUUUGGCAACUCGCACUCCCAAAUAGGUUACCGACUCCGUCCUCCAAUCGAAAUCGAAGGUCUUUUUUAAUUCUUCAGCAUUCUGCAAGGGGAGAUUAAUAGGCAGGGCUUGAGUCUUAGCCGUAUUAAGUUUGUAAUACGAGAUAGAGCCAAAGGUUUGUAGGAUGGGCAUGAGGUUUGGGAGUGAUAUCUUUGGCCUCGUCAGUGUCAGCAGAAUGUCAUCAGCGAAUAAUGAGAGUUUGUAUUGGUGUUCGCCGACAGUGACUCCGUGAAUGUUUGGGUCCUGCCGAAUGAUCUGGGCUAAGGGUUCUAGACAUAGUAUAAAAAGCAGGGGGGACAAAGGACAACCCUGUCUCGUUCCGUUCGAAAUUGGAAAGGGUGUGGAAACGAAUCCUGCGUUGGUGACACUAGCUUCUGGAGAGGAAUAUAAGGCCAUAAUUGCUGUUAUGAAUGCUGAAGGAAAGCCAAAUUUAUUUAGUGCCGAUUUCAUGUAUAGCCAAUUGAGCCUAUCAAAGGCUUUUUCCGCAUCUAAUGCGAGCAACAGUCCUCCCAGUUUGUUAGUGUUGAGACCCUCCAGGACAUUAAGAAGAAGCCUAGAAUUGUCUGAGCCCUGUCUGCCUUUGACAAAGCCAGAUUGGUUAUAGUGGAUUAGAGUGGGGAGUAAAUGUUUGAUUCUAGUCGCCAGAAUUUUUGCAUAUAGUUUGGUAUCAAUAUUCAAUAGGGAUAUCGGGCGGAAAUUAGCGCAUGCUGUGGGUUUUUUACCUGGUUUGGGUAGAGUGACUAUGUGAGCUCGUAGCAUUUCCCCAGGUAAUUUACCUUGUGUGAAACCUUGGUUAAACAAAGAAAUUAAGUGUGGUGUAAGAGCAGUUUGGAAGGUUUUAUAGUAUAUGGAGGAGAGUCCAUCUGGUCCUGGCGAUUUAGAAUUGGGUAAAUCUUUAAUCAUUUGUGUAACUUCCUCAACGGAAAUUGGUUUGAGGAGGUCAGAUAUCUUAUCAUUGGGCAGCAAGGGUAGCUGGACCAUCCCUAGAAAUUCGUCUAUCUGUUCUUGUGUGGGUUGGGGUGUCAGGUUAUCAUCUUUAAGAUUAUCGAGUGUGUGGUAAAACUGAGCAAAUUCCUGAACUAUUUUAUCAGGGUUUACGAUUUUCUGACCCUGGGGGUUGUGAAUGUAAGCUAUUUUAGUUGCGAGGCUACGUUUUUUAAGCCUGGAGGCAAGUACUUUCCCUGCCCUGUUUCCUUGCUCAUAGAAUUUGGCUUUGAGACGCCUUAGGAAGAAGUUCGUUUUAGCCACUUCCAGUUCUUGUAAUUGCGCACGUACUUCUGUAAUCUCCCUAAGGUGCGUCUUUGAGGGUGUUUGUUUAUUACAUGUGUUUAAUGUUGUGAGGCGGCUGGUGAGGUUUAUGUAUUUAGCUAUACGCGCCGCUUUGGCCCUGCUCGCGUGCUUAAUUAAUACACCCCUAAUGUAUGCCUUAUGGGCUAACCACAUAACUUCUGUGGGUGUGUUUGGUUGAGAAUUAGUCGAAAAAUAGACCUCCAGUUCCCUAUGUAGGUCUUCUAAUAUUUUGGGGUCGUUGAGCAAGCUUUCGUUAAGCCGCCAAGUUCCUCUCCCUUUAGCAGGGAAUUGUUCAUUCAAGUGGAGAAUGAUCGGCGCAUGGUCCGACCACGUUAUAAGGCCUAUAGUUGUGUUGACCACGCUGCUAAUCAAGGAGGUAGGUAUCAGGAAGCGGUCUAUUCGGGAGUACGAGUUAUGUGCCACUGAGUGAAAUGUGAAAUCCUUUUCUUGCGGAUGUGUCACCCUCCAUGGGUCUAUAAAAUUCUGCUCUAAGAGAAGUUGGUUAAUGUGCCCGGCGGUUGUUUUCCUGCCUGUUUCAGUAGAUGCUUUCACUGUGUGCGAAGAAGACGUGUCUAGUUGAGUAUCUAGAAUGAAAUUCGUGUCCCCACCUAUCACUACCUCCCCCAGUCUGCCUUCCUCCAUGGCAUUAAAAAUAUUGAGGAGAAAUGCGGCUUGUGCUGUAUGAGGGCCAUAGACGUUAAUUAAUGUGUAUGGGGCAUUAUUCAGCAAACAUUGUAUAAUUAAGUAUCUUCCCUGUUUGUCUGUACGUUUUUUUACUAGUUCAAACGCCACAUCCUUCCCAAUAAGGAUCGACACUCCCCGCCUCUUUUUAGAGAAACAGGAGUGAAAGUCCAAAGGAUAGAGAGGUGAGUUAAAUUUAGGUCUUUUACCCCAUUGGAAGUGCGUUUCUUGGAAGAAUGCAAUUUGAGCUUUAGCCCUUUUCGCUUCCAAUAGUGCCAGUCUCCGUUUAUUCGGGGAGUUGAGCCCUUUAGUGUUCAAAGAUAUAAAUGUCAACACCAUUUUACAUACAACCUACUAUGCUGUCCAGGAUUGUUAGAUUGUAUUCUAGUCUCCAUUAAGUCAGUCCUCCUGUCGGUUACCCCCUCCCCGGGGCUCUGGGUACAGGUCUCCCUAUAUAUCCGCAUUAUGAAUCCCUCGAACAAGACAAAGAAAAAAACAUGAAAGUAUAUGAACUUAAGAUCAAAAGAAUAGAAGAAACUUAUAUACAGUUGCCUGAGAACCGUGUGCCGAGCACACGGUAGGCAAUUAGUAUUGGUGAUGUAUACUGCAUACGUCGUAGUGGCCUGGCUCGGGCCACUGGGGGGUGGAACGGUGGAUAGUACCAUCUAUCAAAUAUACUAUGUCACAGGGGACUGUCCUUAUCCUCAUGGUUAACCUUAGACCGAGACAAAGAUGCCAAUUUAAUAAGUCAAAUUAGGGAAAGGACAGGCAUUAUGUAUCACGGUGUUGCACCCUUCGUAGUACGGCCCACAGAUCUGUUUGCAUGAGUACAUGUAUACUAUUAACGUCUGGGAAUAUGCUGAAACUGCCCAAUUUGUAAUCAUAUAUAUAUAUAUAUAUAUUUUUUUUUUUAUUUAUUUUUUUUUGCUUCUUUUUAUUUAUUUAUUUAUUUAUUUUUUAUUUUUUUUGUUAUUAUUUGGGCGCUAACUCCUUCACCUGUUAUAUUUAUAACAACCAGUAUCUAAAUCACCUUCCCUCUCAGUCCAAGGAGAAAGAAGGAAAUAGUGACAGUAAGAAAAAAAGUUUAUGGCAUGCUGUUCACUUAGCUGCGUCAAUUCUGUGCCAGUCUCCAGCCAGUUUGGUUGGGCGUGCAGGGGUGUUCUUUUCCGCCGACUCUGGCUGCGGCAAUGAGAUGCUCCACUGUGCUAGCCCGUUCCUCCCGUCUUCCGGGUUAAGAAACACCUUCUCCACUCCAUUUCUUCGUGCGAUUAGGCGCGUCGGAAAGCCCCAUUUGUACGGUAUGGACGCCUCUCUCAGAGCUUUGGUGAUGGGGCCAAAAGCUCUUCUUUUAGCCAUAGUCGCUGGUGAUAGGUCGGUGUAUAGCUGUAUCUCCUUGAAGCGUUCUCCCAGAUUCCGCGCAUCCCGCGCCGCCAUCAUCAGCCUCUCUUUUACUGUAUAAAAGUGCACCCUGACAAUGGUAUCCCUAGGUACUGCCGCUGGCAGGCCUCUGGGUUUCAGCAGCCUGUGUACUCUAUCUAUCUGUAGCUCCUGCUCCGACGCCUCAGGUAGCAGUGCCUGAAAAAGUUGGGUGACAUAACCUCUUAAGUCCGGUUGUGUAACCUCCUCAGAGAUGCCGCGUAGGCGGAUGUUGUUUCUACGGGCUCUAUCUUCUAGGUCUACCACUUUUGUCUCCAGUUGUUGUAUUUGAGAUUUGAACGUGGUAUAGGUCUCAGCCAGGGUGUUAUGUGCCUCUAUGACCUCCUCCAUCUUGUCUUCUAGAUGGGCCGUGCGGUCCCCAAUUGCCUGUAGAUCUCUCUUAAUGUCAGCCGCUAACUUUUGAAAAUCAGCUCUCAUAGUGUGUUUGAGGUCAUACAGCAGGGUUCUAAUGUCUCCAUCAGCGUGGGGGAGGUGUUGGAGGCGAGAUACUGAGGUUACAUCACUUGCCUCUGAUUCUGUUGCUGGUGAAUGCACCCCGUCGGCGCCAUCUUGGAUCAGUCUGCUCGACGGUGAGAGGGCCGAGAUCUGCAGAUCCGCGGCUUUUUGCCGCUGCUUUCUGGCUGAUUUGCUCGUCAUCGUAAUUCACCGGUAGUUGGCAGCUGAGGCGGCCGUUUUUCCCGGUCCAAUGCUGUGGAUACACGCUGUUAAGGUACCCAGUCCGACGGAGCUAGUCCUUCACACGUCCAGCUCCGUCCGUGUCGUAGCCACGCCCCCUGAAGCUCUGACUCUUUGACUAAGAUCAUUGAUGAUCUCGGCUAACCCAGUGCUUUCCCAUAAGAAGGCUUGUGUGCAUGUGCGACUAAAUGCUGCACCAAUUAGAUGGUCUCUCUGAGGCCAUCUGAUAUAAAUGGUGAAGUUUUACUCCACUACUUCAGGGAUGUGAUUGUAUUGGCUGUCCGUAUGGAAGCCACUAAGGGCAGGUUAGUCCUUCAAUGAAAACAUUGCUGUUCCUGCAGAUCAGCAAUGUUUUCAGCUGCAGAGUUAUUCUUGGGGGGCACAUGGCACGCAGACCACUUUAUUGAGAUGAAGUGGUUUGAGUGCCCAUAGUGUUCCUGUAAGAUAAUAUAUAAAUAAAUAAUAAUAAAAAAAUAUAUAUACACACAAUGCUCUCACUACUGCAGGGGAUUCUGGGUAGGUGUAUACAAAUUAGGUCAACAAAGAACCACAUUUUUGCCUCAUAAUUCCACUUUAUACAUGGAUUCCUUGGAGUAUGUGUCUGCUGUAUACAACAGCUGUGAAACACAAUUCAGGAAGAGGAGCAAAGCCAGUGAACCACUCAUGGACAGCUGUUUCGUUGUUAAUGCAACUCAUUAGCAUGAGGUUGGUUACUGGCUUGCUAUGGAGGCUUGGCAUUACUUGUAAAGUACAUACCAAAAGAGUUGUGGUGGGGAAAAAAAAGUGUGGAUGAAAACCCCUUCCCCACCACAACUCUUUUUAUGGAAUAUCUUGAAUAAAGGAAUUUUAUUUAUCUACAAAGACCGUGAGUGCAAGCCGUUAUUUUCUAUUUUUAUAUCGAGACUAUGGCUAUAUAUGCACCUGGCAUUUAAUUUGUGAUUAGUCUGAGUGCAAGGACUUGCGAAGAUAGAGAUAGAUAUAUAUAUAUAUAUAUAUAGAUUUAGCACUGCUUCUUCAUUUUAUGACAUGUCUAUUUUAUAGAGGACAGAUUUGAGGUAUUUGUAAAGUAGUAUUAAAAUUAUUUUUUCUAAACGUUUAAAAUUUUACCCAAUAUUUCUGUUUAUAUCUAUCAAAAAAGAUAUGUCACACAAAUCAUCAACAAAGAGAUUGCUUUGCAGCACUUAGGACUUUCAAUAAAGGUUUCAUAACUUUUUUUUUUAUUUAAGGGAGGGGCAACAUUUUUAAGUAGUUUUAAAAGUAGUGUGAAAAUGUCACAUUUUUCUUUGUAUAUUUUAGCAGAUUUUUGUGCCUCCAAAAUCUUGUGACUAAGGAUACUCUGCCUUGCUUUCUAAGCAACAAUAAGUGGUGUGCGAGAACUCCAGAAAAUAUUAAUUAACAGAAUGAGCUACAGAAAAAAUAACACAAAAGUAAUAAUUGAUCAUUCACACCAGAAAAAUAUCCUAGAAAUGGCUCAUAUUACUUUGAAACAUGUUGCUAAAUUUCCCGCACAGUUCCAUUUUGGGCCUCACUCACUGAUGACUGUACCAAUUUAUUAAUCUAUGUACAGUACUCAGAUUAAGUUUACAAUUUAUAAGAGAUGUUGCAUAAAAAAAUCCAUCAAUUAGCACAUAUAAGGUGACAUAAAUAGGAAAAUGUAAUCUUCGUUCAUAACUGGUUAUUUACAAUUUAUUACAGUUUGAUUUAUUUUAUUUACCUUGAUCCUUUUUAUCAUGCUCCUUAGCAAAAAAUAAAUUUUUAUAGGGUUUAGCAUCAUGUUAGUUAUUCAAAACAUAUCCCUCUUUAAACAAAGCUCCUGUCAUAUUGCGUAAAAAUAACAAUGGCAUGUUAUUAGCUUGAAGAAAAACAAUAACAGUUUAUUUCAGGCACAGCGAUGUUGUUGAAAUAUUUCUUUGUAGUUUAUUUAUUUUUCUUUUCAUACAGGAAGCUGGAAUAUAUGUGAACAGACGGUGGUGCUGCAGGGAGCCUUCCUACUAGCAGAAAAACUUAUCACUCCAAAAACGUUGUUGGAAGCAAAGAAAUCUGACUGGCUCCUCAUUGAAAAGCCGGUUACCAGUGCUUUAAAGGAAAUAAGCUCAGGCAAUGGUUCGUACAGCCACGAAUGGAGGAAAAGAGCCAUUGCUAUGCUUUGGGCCAAAAUUCUUUCUUGCAGGCCUGGGUUGACUGUAAAUUCAGACACUGACAUUGAGAGGAAAUGGAAAGAGGAUGUUUUUUUUCCAGUGGAAAACCUAAUCCCGAAAAUAAAUCACACAGUCUUCUUUGAACUUCUUAAAACAACCAAAUCAGCAAACAUAUUUGCAGAGUUGCUCAUAGCACUUCCUACAGAUUUGUGGGUUGAAGAAGUGUCGAUAAUUGUGGAGCUUAUUUGCGAUGAGACCUCUUUGGAGGAUGUCACUUUCUUUUUGGAUUUGUGGUGGGAAAUCAUGAAAAGCAGCAAUAAUCAACUGGAUGAGACAUCUAUGUUAUUUUCUUCUAUUGCUUCUAGUUAUCUUUUACAGAUGUCCAAUGAAUCUGGCCCAAGCUCAAAGCGAUUUAAGCAUGAUCCAGAGCAGACACUCACUCCUGCUGAGAAAAUUCUUACAGUCUUUCUAGAAGGUCUUCAUAAAAUUAGGCAGCACAUAGAGAAUAGCAAGCUGAAAUGCUACACCGUUGCAAACUUGGCAGAAAUGUUAUGUUCCUCUGCUUUCCUAGAGAAGGAGUUUGAAUCUCUUCCCGUAAGGCUGUAUUUGGAAAAACUUGCUGCUAUCGUUCAUUUUCAUAGCACAGGAGCCAAAGAUCACAGCCUCUUGGAAGUGAUUCGAGAAGGAGAGAGGAUCAUACAAAGUGGAAGUGCUGCUUCAAAGUUUAGAUUACUACGAGGUGCUCAACAUUUUGGCCUCAAUAUUCUUAAAGAUCUACUUCAUCAAUGGGGAGAUGAGUUACAAAAUUAUAUAAACGAUGGCAAAGAGAUUAGCUAUGAAGUCUAUAGAAUGGCAGAGAGUAUUUCAUCUUUACACAAAAUCUUAAUUGUAUCAGAGAAUACAGAUACAUUUCCAGAGGAACAGAGAGUCAGUGCUUUAGAACUGGCAGAAUGUAUUUCAAGACUUCUAGAGAAACCCUCAAAUAUUAUUUUGAGUUCUAAUUUGAACGAUAGUGAGAUUAUUGCGUCAAUUGCUAUGAAAAUAAUUGAUGAUAAAGCGGCACGUUACAAAGAAGUCUGCUCCGUUUUUGCUUCAGAGACCACUUGGGCUUUUUCUCGUGCUUGGAUAAAUUGUCUUACAAAGAACAAAGCCCAUUUUAAGGAGACUGACUUAAUAUUUAUAUUGCUACAGACUGUAGUAAAUGCUGUUUCUACACAAAGCAAUGUUAAAAUCAAAGAAGUACGUCAAGUUUCAGAGGUAAUUUUAAGCCUCUUUUUGGAAAUUUCUUUAGCAGAGAAAGAUAUUUUGCUAAUGAGAGUUUUAUCUUCAUGGGGCAAUAAAGGACUUUUGCAUGCUAUGGAGGCAUUCACCGAUAAUUUCCAGGAAGAGCUUAACAUAACUUUUAAUCAAAUUUCUCAAAGCGUGACUGACUUCAGUGUUAGUAAAGCAGUUUCUCGGGUAGCCAAACUGGCGUUGUUGAACCCCGAAGCAGUUGUAAACAAAGCAUGCCACUUUGCAGUGGUCAACGAUGGAGCUCAUAUAUUUUUAGGCAAAAUUUUGACUUCUCUCCCUGCCUUACGGUUUAAGGAUUUAAAUAAUGCAGAAAACUCUAGCUCUUUAUUAACUCAGUGCUUAAUGGAUACAUGUUGGGGGAAACUUUCAUCUGUAAAGGAGGAGAACCAAUUCCUAUCUCUACUGACCUAUCUCAUGGAGCCCUCUGAGUCCUCCGAUAAUACUACUGCCAUCAGUCUUCUUCAGCCAGAAGAAGUUAUCAAGACUUUUGUUCUUCCAUAUAUUUUAGAGGAAUGUGUUCAUGUUGAGCUGUGCUUACACAUUCUUCAUAAAGCUCUAUGUGCAAAACCUCUACAGACAUUUGGCAAACACUGGGUUUUGUCUUGUUCUCCAUUUCCACUUCUUUUGUCUCUUUGUAAACUUCUUAACAUCUAUACAAAGUACUGGCAGCCAUCUGAUAAACCAUAUUGCCUUACCCUGGGCUCCAAAGAAUUAAUUGUUGACAUAAUUAAACUACUAUGUAGUGCAAUCAUGCCAGAAGCUGAACAUGCCCUGGAAACAUGGAACAAGUCUCUAUUUUGGCUACACAGAAAAAUGGAGCAUUUGGAUUGGGUAGUGUGCAUCAGACUGCAUCCUAUUUAUGGAGAGCAUUUCAAAAAAGAAGUUCCUGCUUCGUUAUUUGAGCUCUGCAACCUAUCAGAGAACGAGUGGACAGCACUUGACCUUCCAGAGUAUGGUCUUGGUACAGGACUUUUAGCAUGGUUGGAAUGUUGUUGUAUCUCAGUUGAGAUGAAAGACCAAAUGCUCUCCCUUCUGUCAGUCAAUACAGAAAACCCAGAAGAAGUCAACCUGUUUAGUAAAGGGUUCCUUGUAGCAAUGAUCCAGGUCCUACCAUGGUGUUGUUCAACGGAAUGUAGUCUUCUGAUCCAAGUGGUGUGUGACCUUCUGCACAGGCAAAUUCUCCAUGUACCUUACACUCUGGAAUAUGUGCAACAUAUGCCUCUUCUGAACCUGCGGCCUUUUGCAUUCAACCUUCAGUUUUCCAUUCUCCUACUUCGAGGAUUCCAGCUUCUCUGUAGCUCUAGCUGUUCCGAAUGGCUUUCUCAUGAAGGACACAAGCAUAUUGCACGACUUUACAGUUCGUGUAUAGCUUAUAUACUAGAUACAGUCAAGCAGACCUUGUCGGGGUGUAACCUCCAACUGCAGCAAGAAGGCAAAGAAGCAGAUUACGUACAGGAAGUCUUAUUCAUUUACACUCAGGUAUUCUGCCAUGUGCUUCAUAUAAUUGCCAUGAUGCCUGACAACACAUGUGAACCUCUUUACAUUCUGUCACUUGAAAUUCUCUCAUUGUAUGAAACCCUGAGAUCAACAGACACUUCUACAAACUGCUUGCUCAGAAGAGCCAACGAGAGACAUUUUUUGAAGUCUAUUACAGAGAAUGUGAGUAAUGACCAACAUCGCAUUACUUUAAUGCAGAAAAUCGGCAAACUCUAGCGGGCGAUAUCUGCAUUCCCAGGUCCUCAUGCACUGGUAUUGUGGAAUAUGUUAUUCCUCAUUAACUCUUUCAGAGUCAGGUUAUGCAGUUACUGGUCAUCAUUUGGUUUAGGAUGCUACCAAAAAACAGCCAUCAUAGCUAAUACAUUUUUCUAAAGAAUUCUGCUUAUGUGUAUUUCCAGCUGAUGUAGAGAUAUGCAAUCUUGAGACGUAUGUAGUGUGACUUUUACUUCUAUAUCACAGUUAUGUAAUAGUUACACUACUGGGAUCUGCUGCAUGCUGGUUCCAGGUCUUGGUACUUCCACAAACACUUGAUUAUACAAAGAUUGCACAAUAAAUUCUUUAAAAAUAAAAAAACCCUGUAUUCAUUUGUUUUAAUAAUAAAAUUAGCUUGGUACCAUCAGUGUAAUCCUGACAUUAUGAACCUACUGACAGGAAAACUGCUUUAACUCAACAUCUUAGUUGGCCCGUCCUUUAUAUUUCAUUGGCAUUGAGGUACAAAUACACAAUUCACUGCUUCACACUAGCCACUGCGCAAAGCUGCUUAAAAGUAUGGUGGGAGAAUGCAUUGACAUUCAUGGCAGCAGUCUGAUAGGAAGAGACACAAGCAAUCUUUAGAUACGCAUAUCUUUUAAUGGUAACUACUACCAUAAUUUGCAUACUUGUCUCAUUUAAACUUUUUGAUGGUCGGUCCAUUGUAUUGAUUUAUCUGUAGAAUAGAGUGGUUUUGUAAGAGUAUUGAACUGGAGAAUUUGUGAAAGUUCUAGAUAUGUACAAGUUUCCUAUUAGAUGGCAAAACACAGCUUAUGCAUAUUCUUUCCACUCCAAGAGUAAUAGAACAUUAUACCAUUUAGUGAUAGUUGUAGUGUGUUCAUGUCUAACCUAGAUGUUAAAUCUUCAUGCUUGUAAGCUUCUUUUACUCUUACAUGGCUUAAAGCAUAGACAAACACAAGUUUCCACAGUAACAACAAUGGCCCAAAAACGCAGAUGGUUAUUAUUUAAGCUAGUCUAAAGUCUAGUUUUGUCUCUUUAAUUUAAAACAGAAUAAGUAUACUGUGUUAAUGUUAAAAAAUAAUUGUUUUUGCACUUUCAUAGUCCAAGAUUCCAAUGUCUAGAUUAAUAAAGUUGUGUCUAAAAGUGUACGUGAAUAGUGUGAUGCCAGAAAAAAAAACGGUCAUGUGCAACCUGUUUGUUUAUUUUUUUAAAUUUCUUCAAAUGGGAUCAAGAUAAGUAAAUCAUCCAAACCAGUCAGACAAGCUCCCACAUGGAGAU